GCCUGUAUCCCUGUUGCACUAGAUGAGAAGAUCUUUCCCUUUUCCUCACACUCCUGCAUGACCACUAGAUGGACCUCGUGCCUUAGAAACCACAGCUUCACCCUCGCGCUCAGCAGCGCUCUGCGGCUUUGCCUGUUAUUGAUACCAUAGUUCAGCUGUAUUUUCCCACAAUCUUUGGCCUCUAACAGUUGUAAAGCUUUAUCUUUAUAGUUUCAAGAAGGCUUGGAGAAGUUCUUAAAAACCUUCCUGCAUUCUUCAGGAUGGCUGCCCAUCUUCUCCGAUCCAUGGCCCCGCGCGCAUCCAUGGCUCUGCUCCAAUGCAUUCGUACCCAUAAGUCCACAAGGCCACUUCUAGCACUGAUUCCACCCGCUACUCUAGGAACGUGCCGAAGUAAGAAGACAUGGCCCAAGUCGUUCCCCGAGGAGGAGCUGAGGAAGCGACUGAGCCCCAUGCAGUACCAGGUUACUCAGCAAAAGGGCACAGAGAGUGCUUUCACGGGAAAAUACACCGAUAACAAAGAGGAAGGAACCUACCACUGUGUCGUUUGCGGUGCCCCUCUUUUCACGUCUGAUAAGAAGUUUGACUCUGGAUCAGGAUGGCCGUCCUUUUUUGAUUUGAUCAAUAAGGAUUCCGUAACACUAACUGAUGACUUUUCAUACGGGAUGCACAGAGUGGAGGCAACAUGCAGUCAGUGUGGUGCUCACCUGGGCCACCUUUUUGAUGAUGGACCUCGACCAACAAAGAAACGCUACUGCAUAAACUCCUCUUCUCUCAAUUUCAAAGCGAAAAAUGGUGUCUCUGAGGAGGUGGAAGCAUCUGGAGGAGCUGGUCAAUCACCACCUUCCAGUAAGAAUGAAGAACUUUAAUAGGACUUGAAAUAGACCAAUCAGAUACUCCAAAGUCACUCCUGAAACAUCAAUUCCAAAUCAAAUGAGCCGUGCAAUCAGACAACUAUAUACUUAGCAAUAUUCAAGACCACAAUAUGCAAUAUCAAUAUCCAGAAAACAGAUUAGAAUGGCCUUACGUUUGCUCCUCAACUACUUUACUUGAAUUUUGUUUUGUUUGAAGAGCUCACGUUGAAAUUUGCUCCGCUAAAAUGUUUUUAACACUUGUUGGAAAUUUUCAAUAAGGGCCAAAGGUCUGAGACUACAUUGGAAAUCUGCAUUUUUUUCCCCCUUUAAAUUCAUAUUUUUAAAGAUUGAGUAUUUUAAACAACUUUAAAACAAAAGAUAGUGUGAUGGGGAAAAAGAAAAACACUUUUCUAGGUCACUAAUCAAGUAAAUUUGUGUCAUCAGACUUUGUAUAAAGAAUCAGGUAUUCUGAAUCACAAGAUGAUUUUUAAAUCAUACUCAAAUCAUGGUUGAGAACAUGAUCAUACUGUAGCUCACAAACUUGCUGGUGUCAUUAAAAUGCACAUUUUCCUCAUAUUCUUGUUGAUAUUUUCAAUUCAGAUUUUAUUUUCAAUUUGUUUUUCUUAUAUCUGUAGUGGGGGGGGAAAUGCAUUUUCACUAGUGGUCUCAGAUUUUUUUUGGACCCCAUUGUAUAUUGAAAGUUCAAUGAUUGGAAAUGAAUUAUAUAUGUAUACUUUCUCAGAGCGCUGUGUUGUUUUUGAAGUGACAUGUGAUACAGGGAGGUCAAGAAGUUUGAGGAAAAUGCUAUGCAAGUGCUCCUGUGAGCAGUAAAAUAAGCACCGAGUGGAGAACAAAGCAUUCUUUGAAAUAAAAUGGAACAGAUGACAAAUGUUUAGUCUGAACACAAAUGUAGCCUGACUUUUGAGGGUGCUUUUUUUGGUCCUCCUUGCUUGCAGUGCCUAUUUUUGUCUUGAGUUGUGAGUUUUUUUUUUCCUGAGAUAUUGAUUUAUUUUGAUUGAUAGAAUUUAAUUAAUAUUGACUAGUGUGAUUAAAGAGAUAUUAAGAA